UUCCUGCACUGUCUCUGCUAGGGCUACUACCACUCCGCCUCCCCUCCCACCAUCUAGUCUUCAGUAUCUCCCUUUCCCUUGGCGUUAACGAGAUCUCCUCCCGAAACCUGAGCAGUCACCGAAACAAGAGGCGAUACCCUCCUGCAAAACAUGGCUACAAUUGUAACCUCAACCAGAUUUACAGAUGAAUAUCAGCUGUACGAAGAGCUCGGAAAGGGUGCCUUCUCCGUUGUCCGGCGAUGCGUUAAAAAAUCCAAUGGGCAGGAAUUUGCUGCUAAAAUUAUCAACACGAAAAAACUCUCAGCAAGAGAUCAUCAAAAACUGGAACGAGAGGCCCGCAUCUGUCGCCUGCUCAAACACCCCAACAUAGUACGACUACAUGAAAGUAUCUCAGAGGAAGGCUUCCAUUACCUCGUCUUUGACCUUGUCACUGGCGGGGAGCUGUUUGAAGACAUUGUUGCCAGAGAGUAUUACAGUGAGGCCGAUGCCAGCCAGUGCAUCAGUCAGAUCCUGGAGAGUGUCCAUCACAUGCACCAGCACGACAUUGUGCACAGGGACCUCAAGCCAGAGAACCUGCUCCUGGCCAGCAAGCUGAAGGGAGCUGCAGUGAAGCUGGCAGACUUCGGGUUGGCCAUCGAGGUGCAGGGAGAUGAGCAGGCAUGGUUCGGUUUUGCAGGCACUCCAGGCUACCUCUCCCCAGAGGUGUUGAGGAAGGACCCCUACGGCAAGCCUGUGGAUAUCUGGGCCUGUGGCGUGGUACUGUACAUUCUCCUGGUGGGCUACCCUCCCUUCUGGGACGAGGACCAGCACAAGCUGUAUCAGCAGAUCAAGGCUGGGGCGUACGACUUCCCCUCCCCAGAGUGGGACACAGUGACCCCCGAGGCCAAGAACCUGAUCAACCAGAUGCUGACCAUCAACCCCGCCAAGAGGAUCACAGCGGAACAGGCCCUUAAACACCCAUGGGUCUGCCAACGCUCCACCGUGGCAUCCAUGAUGCAUCGUCAAGAGACUGUGGAGUGCCUGCGCAAGUUUAAUGCCCGGAGGAAACUCAAGGGAGCCAUCCUUACCACAAUGCUGGUAUCCAGAAACUUCUCAGUGGGCCGACAGCACACCAGCCCUGCGGCCACCACCAGCACGGCCGCUCUGGCUUCAGAAGCAUGCAAAAGUUUACUUAACAAAAAGUCAGAUGGUGGAGUGAAGCCGCAGACAAACAACAAUAAAAACAGUGUAGUGAGCAGCUCCAGCAGCACCAAAGACAACAGCAUAUCAUCUUCAGCACCAAUGGAGCCUCAGACCACUGUUGUGCACAACCCAGCUGACGGCACCAAGGGCUCCACAGAGAGCUGUAACACAACAGAAGAGGAGGAUAUGAAAGGUAGGAAAGUGUCAGCGUGCGGCUCUAGUGCGGACAGCGCAAUGGUCAGCCAGUGCAGUGCCACUGAGGAGCAGCCCCUGGCCCAACCCCCCCACUGCCCACCCACCUCCCGCAAACAGGAGAUCAUCAAGAUUACCGAGCAGCUGAUUGAGGCCAUCAACAACGGAGACUUUGAGGCAUACACGAGAAUCUGUGAUCCUGGACUCACCUCCUUUGAACCUGAGGCCCUGGGCAACUUGGUGGAGGGCAUGGACUUCCACAAGUUUUACUUUGACAACUUGUUGAGUAAGAACAGCAAGCCGGUCCACACCACCAUCCUGAACCCCCACGUGCACCUGAUCGGGGAAGACGCGGCCUGCAUCGCUUACAUCCGCCUGACACAGUACAUCGACAGCCAGGGACGGCCUCGCUCCUGCCAGUCAGAGGAGACCCGUGUGUGGCACCGCCGUGACACCAAGUGGCUCAACGUGCACUUCCACUGUUCAGGAGCGCCUGCCACACCUCUCCAGUGAGCUUUUACCCAGCUUUGCCUGAAUUCUGAAGCCAAUUGAAGCAUUUCUUCUCAGUGGCCGGAGUGGCGCCAGGAGCCCGGCCGGAAGAGACUGCUUGAAGUUUCAAAUCCAAGGGGAAAAAUAUAAAAUCUAAUAUUUGAAAGCAGACCGACCGACCGACAACACCACCGACACCAAUCCAGUCCACCCUAGCUAGAUGUUGGGGGCCAGCUGUGGCCAAGGCCCUGCCUUCCGGACGGUGCAUGCUUUUGAUGCCCACAGGGGGGCGCUGUCUUGUCCUUUUUCCAUGGAUCCAUAUUUUUUGCCCGUAGUUUGGAAAGGUGUUUUAAGUAUUAACGUAUGUACAAAAAGAAAAUCCUUCACACAUUUAAUCAACAGGUAUGGGGUAAUGAAGAUUAAAGAACAGUUACGUGAAUAUUCUAUUAAAAGAAAAAGGAUUUCUUUCUAAAUUAAUAUGUAUAUCUACUUUGUUUUUGGGGGAUGCAAACAAAUGUGAGGAGGAAACGAAGAAGUAAAAGUGGUUAUGUAUCAUGAUUAUUCAAUGCACCAAAGUGUAGACAGUGGACAUCUUUAGUCAUUACAAUUGUUUUAAUGUAAAUGUUAUCUUUUUAUGGGUCAGGUGGGUUAUGACAGUUUUUUAGUAUUUUGAUGUGUUAUUGUGGAAUCUUUCAUUUUUAUCCCCUGAAUGAUGCUGUAUUUGAAAGUAUUUUGUGUUUGAAGAGAAUUAUUUUUAAAUGGGGACUUUAUUUAAUAUAGUUAUGUACACAUAGAUAUUUAUAAACAGAAAUGGGAAAGACUUUACUUUCAGGGUUUGGGGAAUGGGUGUGAGUGUGUGAGAUUGAAGGUGUGUUCUCAUGUCCCUGUAGUUCCCUUGUAAGGCCUGUUUGCGCUUUGAGAUCCCCUGCAUACACACACUCACACAAGGCUUAAACUCCAGGCCCCUGUGCUGUGCCAGUUAGGUCUAUAUACCAGCCUGCUUCUCCAGCUUCAGCCACACUCCUAAACCAGCACAACAUGAAGUUGCAGAACUACCAUCGGUUCUCAGUUUGCCGAGUGUGCCAUCUUCAUUUUGACCACUAGAGGGCACAUGACAAAACCAGUCACAUACUACUAUGAUUCCAAGGCCCCAAACCAAACUCUGGAAGCAUGGAUGCCUCUCCCACCUAUAUUUUGUACUCUAAUUUCAGCAUGUUUGAUACAGUUUUGGGGAAAUAAUAAAAAUAUCUAAAAUGGCCUGUACUGUACUGUUUUGCACAUAAACUUGAGACUCAAUGCUGUUCCGUUCACUCCCUAUGUGAUCAUUUCUGCAACUUCAGGUUAAGCUAGCCCACUCCUGGGGCCCCUGUGUUCCUGCAGCUGGUGACCCUGCAGCUGUCUAUUAGCCCCUCUCAGUGUGAUGUCACCCUUUGCCUGUCUCUUAUCAUUGUACAGUCUUAGCUUGGCGUUACCUUACCUCCCUGUAAAGUCAGUGGCACUAAAAGCAUGUGAAAAGGAGAAUGCAGUGAAGUGGGGUGCUGAGUUGGCCUGUGACUUGGCUGAAGUGUAGAAUGGGAUGGAGUCUGGGGCCCCGCUGAAGGCAAUCAAUGGAUUGAUGCGUUUGUCACGGUUUCUGUUGUAACUGUUCUAGAUGUUAGUUUUCUUACUGUUACUGGUGUUAUUGUCGAUGAUCUAAGAUUCUUUUGCGAUUGGAGCUGUAAAUAUGGGAUUAGGGGAGUAAUUGGUGGGGAAUAGGGAUCAGGCUGCCAACCAAUCACACCUGAGCCUCCCCCAUCCAACACCAUCCCUUCCCCACACAAAUGCACAACACACACACACGCUGCCCUAACAGACUUAAAUGGAUCAGUGCACAGAGAGAAUACUCCCGAUUCAAAUUCUUAAAUAAUAAGGCACCUUGCUGUUUUGGUAUUACUGGCCAAUAUGCCCUGGUUAAAAGGGUUCUUAAGCAUGGAGGGAAGUGCCUGGAUAUAGCCCUUAGCUGAUGUAUCUUGGCCCUAUACCUCGCCAAGAAAACAGAUGCCUUAUUGAUAUUAUAUACUGUUAUACUAAAAUAAAUAGAAAAAACUAUUCUCCCAUCAUACCCGUGGUAUAUUGUCUCAUAUACACGUGACUGAAGAGAUUUAAUCCAGUCAGCAUUCAGGACACAAAUUACCCAGUUUCUAAUAUAGUGUAGAUGGACACUCACCAAAACAAAACACUCACUUGAAACAAUCUCCCUUUAAAAGCAUAUCUUUGGGUUUAUGGUAAAACAUUGGAACACUGUUUUUCACUGUGUUGUAGAAAUGUGUGUGACUUUGUACCACCAGAGGGGUGAAGCUUGCCAUUUUGUCCCUUCACUCCUGUGCUAAGUAGCUCUGUAUGGUAAUCACAUUCAAAUUAACCUGUCAAAGACCGCCCACCAAAAAAAGCUGAAAAACACUGACCUAACGAGGUGACUCUUGGUCAUCAAAAAUGACAUCAAAACAUCUUGAAUGAAACAUUGUAAAACAAAGCCUGUGCCGUUUUUAUAUCACAAGUCUGAUGUGACCCUGCUGUGUGUACUGCUGGAUUCUGUGACCUAUCCGCCACCAGACUGUGUUCCCUUUGCAUCAUGACGUCGUGUAUACAGGUACAGUACUGACUGUGAUGUUUUCCUGACUUUGUGCUGUGAGCACUGGCCUGUCUCCUGCCCCAGGCCCUGACGCUUCCAUUCAUUGUGUCUGUGUUCACACGGCCGUGGGAAUGUUCACGUGAAAGAGUACAACGAUGCAGUGUAGUUCAAUGCUUAAACAGUUCAAUUCAAAAUGAAGGAGACAAUGUCACUACUGAGGGAAAGACCGUUAACCUUGAGUUCACUGUACCUGGCUAGCAGGGCAGGGGAGGGUAGAGAGCCUUGUGUGAUUAUGACUUAGAAAAAAACAAAUGCUGAAAAAUAAAUGUUAAAAGCCACACACUUUAAGAGCAAAACUAUAUAUGCAGUUUUACAAGAGGAGGAAAUAUGCAUGUCUACUUUCUAGUAAUAUUUUUCACUGUCUGUGUUUACUUAAGAAAUGUUACAUGCAUCCUCAAGGUCAAUGAAAAUGGCUCCGUCUGAAAUAUCGAAAUGAAGUGAUGUAUCACAUUGUAAAAAAGUUACAAAAAAAGAUAAAAGCCUUAGUAUCCUUGGUAUGUAUCCCUGUCUUAGUCAUUUGACUGCAUUUUAACCAUAUACUAAGGGGCUGCAUAUGACUAGACUGAGUCACUUCAUUUGGAUGCUGGAUUUUUGCAUGACCAUACAAUAAAUAAACUCAUGACGUUUAAA